CUGAAAAGAGGAAAACAAAUUCAAUUUGAUCAAAAGCGUCUCUCCACUAUCAAAAGCUAACCACGAAGCUUCCUUUCCUUCGUUAUCCUUCUCUCAGAUAUCGUUGCUGUCGAAUUUAGAAGUUGUAUGAGCUGUUCGUGUUUUCGCAUUGGAACUUGAAGAUGUCGAGUGGACCGUCGAGAAGAGUCUCACGUCAAGAUAUACAGUUGGUUCAAAAUCUUAUAGAACGAUGUCUUCAAUUAUAUAUGAACCAGAAGGAAGUCGUGGAAACUCUACUAGCUCAGGCAAAGAUAGAGCCUGGGUUUACUGAACUCGUUUGGCAAAAGCUUGAAGAAGAGAAUCGAGAAUUCUUCAAGGCUUAUUAUUUGAGGUUGAUGGUUAAGCACCAAAUUGAUGAAUUUAAUAGGCUGCUUGAGCAACAGGUGCAGUUAAUGAGUCAAAUUCGUCCAGCUGGAGUUUCUCCAAUACCUAAUUCCAAUGGCUCUCAUGUACCAACUUUGCACCAGAAUUCAGCAUGCUAUCCUGCAGAGCAUUGUGGACCCAGUAUAAAGCCAGAAAACAUGCACCAUCAAAUUGGUUCUGGUUUACCUACUUCAUUUAAUAAUGGAGGAUUGUCAUUGCGUUCAAAUUUGCACUCUUCUGUUGACAUGUCUGCCCAAGUGAACAGGAUUGAUGCCCAACCUAAUAUGGUUUCAACUCAGAGCAUAGAUCUGAUACAAGGGAUGAAUGGGGGAAUGAUCAAAUCAGAAGUGGGAUAUUCAGGAAGCUCUGCUUCCCCUUAUAUGUUUGGUGAUGGCAAUGUCCUGGAACCACGCCCAUCUAUUGCAGAUGCAUCUGUUACAUCUUUUAGCAGUGUGGAGUCCACCUCUCAACCACUGAAUGAAUCACUUCUAGAUGCAGACUCAUCUUCAUUUGGAUUUUUAGGUCAGAUUCCUCGAAAUUUCAGUCUCUCAGAUUUAGCCGCUGAUUUUUCUCAGAGUUCAGAUAUACUGGAGAGCUAUCCUCGGUCACCAUUCCUAGCUACGGAUAGUGAUAAUUUCCUGGAUUCUCGUGAAAGAGGAGAACAUCAAGGAGAUAACAAAAGGUUGGACACUAUAUCAGAAGGCCUAAGUUAUGAAGAUUUUGGAAGUGAAUAGCCUCCAGAAACUGGUAAGGUCCGAGUUGCACAUAUAGAAACAAGGGGGGUUGUAUAUAACAUCUUAUAACCGGAGGUGCUUCGCAGUUUGGAGCUGAAUUCUUGAAGAUGUCUUUGGGUUUGUAUAAGUUAACUGACUGAAUUAUGUAGUGUCAAGAAUUUUUGCGGAUUGUUAAGAAAAUAAUUAAACUUGCUGGUAAUUGCUAAUGUUUGAAAUUUAUUUGUUUGUUCGCCU